AUGGAAUCACCAUCAUGUAUCUCGGAAGAUGAAAAUGAUUCAAAUAAAAAUGAGAAUAACAAGAAGAAAAAAUCAAAAGCAGCUUCAUUAGCAAAAGAUUUUAAAUCUCGUGCGGCUAAUUUAAUUCGUCGACGAACAACCGAAGCAACAUUAAGUGAAAAAAGUUUAAUACCAUCGAGAGAAGAUGUACUCUCUUGGGAAGAAUCCUUUGAACAUUUACUAAGGCAUCGAUAUGGUCAAGCAUUAUUUCGUGCAUUUUUACGAACAGAAUUUAGUGAAGAAAAUCUUGAAUUUUGGCUAGCAUGCGAUGAAUUUAAAACAUAUAAAGAACCAAAACGAACAGCAAAAGCAAAAAAAGUUUAUCUUGAUUUUAUCGCCAUUGGUGGUCCAAAACAGGUAAAUUUGGAUACUGAAACACGUAUGUCAACUAUAGCAUGUAUUGACAAUCCAUCAUCUGACGCAUUUGAUCGUGCACAACGACGUAUUCAAGGUUUAAUGGAAAAAGAUUCAUAUCAAAGAUUUCUUAAAUCAGAAUUGUAUAUUAAUUUAUUAAGACGUACAUCAUAUCCAAUUCAAAGACGAACAACAACAGAAUUUACAAAUAAUAAAUCAUAA